AUACAGAAAACUUGACUUCCUUCUUCGGGCUCCUCAGUCGUCCACACUCCACAGCAGAGCUAGUAGAGUUAGGGUUAUAGAUUCUCGCUUUUUGUUUUUGCAAAGAAAGCCAUCGAUCAAAACAAUGGAGGGAACAGACGACGGAGGCAUUGAGAGAGUGGUGGACUCCAAGGACUUGCAGCAACAGAGCAAAGCCUUCGACAAGCUCACCGACCGCGUCGAAGAUCGCCAGCUCGAUUCCACUCGUGUGCAAGAGGCGAUGGCGUCGAUCGCUGCAUCAGCAGAAGCGGAUUGGAAAGCUACAAAAAUGAGAGAGAAAGAACUGGCUGCUGUUAUGAUCAGGGCAGCUGAUGUUGACAUAAUCGCAAAUGAACUCGAGUUGGACCCAAAGGUGGCUGAGAGAACCUUACGGGAGCACAAAGGUGACGCUGUUGCUGCCAUUCGACAUUUGCUUAGGUAGAAAAGGCAUUGGAGUUAUUGAAAUAGGAAUCAUGACCUUAACCAAGAAAAGGAAAUAUGAACGAUGAGGACUUGCAGCUAUAUUAUCUUGUCUUCAUGACAGACAUGUUUGCUAAUGAAAUAUGCAUUUGGCAUCAUGUGAAUUGACUCGAGUAGUUAGGAUGCUGAUUAAUGCUUUUCAGUCAAUUAAUACCAGAAUAACACAAUAGUCAUCGUUCCAGGUUGCUUUGA